AUGUUUGCUAAUGACCGAGCCGAUGAAUUGGCAGCCAAGGGUGCCUCCAUGAUGGAAGUCUCUGCGGAGACGGAAAUCAGUGUGAAGACCCUUAGGCACAAACGGGCCGGUCUAGGCACUUGCGUCAACGACUUCUUCUACUGUGCCUCGCAUGCGAGGCUAUGGAGUCGAGGGGAAGUUACGCCCGCUGGCAGUGCCGUGGUUUUCGAGCAUGCCAGGAAACGCGUUAAGGGAGGUGUCCCCUAUCAUUUUUACAAAAUGGUCGUCGAUUUGAAGCGCCGUAAGGCCUUCAAUCGACUCUUCUUGGCCCUGAUGCAACAUCUUGAUGCUCGACGGGGCCUUUUAUGA